AAGCACGGAAAUAACUAACAGCUGUUCUACAAUAUUCCGUCGGGCAACUCAGGUAGCAGCUGUGUACGAAUGAACACGCAGCCGUUUUCCUUGGAACUGCGAUUGUUUGGACAUUGAAUAGUGGCUUUCUCAUUGUUUUAUCUCCUUUGUGUUAAUCAACAAAUCCGGAAUUUCGAUUUCAACGAAUCAAACAUCUUCUGUUAGUGCUGGCGUUAGGCAGACGCGUUACGUUUCAUCCAUGAUCAGGAGAUAUUAUGUUUACCAAAAUUAAUUCGUUGUUAUUGUGAUUCGAGACUAUUUGAAAUGCCUCGUGAAUACGUGGAUCGCGAGGAGAGUUCCAUAGUGUUAUGUCAAUAGAAUAUCUACGUGUAGAUAGCAGUUUUAAUUAUCUCAGUGUUGUUAGAUUAAUACUUAAUAAUUAUGUCUAGUACGGUACCGACGAGUUCUGCAUUGAGGGCUUUGGCCUUAGAAUAUAAGAGCCUACAAGAAGAACCCGUGGAAGGGUUUAGAGUGAAAUUAUUGGGUGAGGACAAUUUAUUUGAAUGGGAGGUUGCAAUUUUCGGGCCACCAGACACGCUUUACCAAGGAGGAUAUUUCAAGGCUCAUAUGAAAUUUCCACCGGACUAUCCAUAUUCUCCACCAUCUAUAAAGUUCCUGACUAAAGUUUGGCAUCCGAAUGUUUAUGAGAACGGCGAUCUCUGCAUAUCAAUUCUUCAUCCCCCCGUGGACGACCCACAGUCUGGUGAACUGCCCUGCGAGCGUUGGAACCCCACCCAGUCCGUGCGCACGGUGCUGUUGUCCGUGAUCUCGCUAUUGAACGAGCCGAACACCUUCAGCCCGGCUAACGUGGACGCCAGCGUCAUGUACCGCCGCUGGCGCGAGUCCAAGGGCAAGGAUAAGGAGUACGAAAAUAUUAUCAGGAAACAAGCCCAAGUGGCUCGUAUGGAGGCUGAGAAGGAAGGUAUAGUGGUGCCGCUCACCUUAGAAGAUUAUUGUAUUAAGACACAGGUCAAGUCCUCGACACAGGAACCGCAGCUGGAUAUGACUGAUUUCUAUGACGACGAUUACGAUGAUCUGGACACGGAUUCCGAAGGCGAGCUUGGAGGUGAGGAUGGAGACGACAGCGGCAACGGGGAGUCGUGAUACAACGGAGAUCUCAAGCGGACGGACUAUACACAUAUGAAGUAUAGCACACACGGAAUAUACGGCAAGCGGACGAGACAUCAUACAAAGCGGACUCUAUGAAUAUAUUACAAUAUAUUUUAAUUCAGUCCACUCGGUUUAUAUAUCGUGUGGACUAUAAUACAUUUGAUUUAAAAGUUAUCGCAAUAUAAUCGUUGUUUUAAAAAUUCAUUUUCUCGAAUUCUAGCUGUCUCAUUGUAGGGCUAUUUGAUUUAAAAUAGACGAUUGUUUUCGAUAAACAUGCUCUUUAAACUGAUAGUAGCAUAUAGUCCACAUGGUAAAUACCAAGUGAACUAUUCGUAAUAUUAACAUACUUCCAAAACUUGAGGAGACCAUUUUAAACUACUAAACCCCUUUCAUAGUCAAUUCGACUUAUCUAUUGAGUUUUUAAUACUAUUAUAGGUUCAGCAAAAUGUAUCUAAAGUUUGUUUAAGGUUUUUUUAAAAGGCAGAGCUGUCAUUUAAUAGGGUUGUCUUUAUUUCCAUUACAAUAUUUUCAUCGUAUUCAUUUGUAUUUAUAUAUCAAUAGUAAAAGGUAGAAUAUUAUGUUAUUUUAUUUUUUUUAAAGACAAUCCUAUUAAUAUAUAACCCAUCUGCUUAACAAAUGCCAAUAAAUGUUUAUAGAAAUAGAUUGUAACUUAAGUUUAUCCAAUUUGUACUUGUUUGGGUCGAAUUGAUACAAUAUAUGACAUGGCUUAGAAUUUUUAACAAUAUAAAAAGUAUUUUGUAUAUUUCUAUCUAAUAUUUUCGAAUAGUAAUGUUUCAUAAACAAAUAAUUGGUAGAUUUCAAGUACAAAUUGGCAAUUAACUAAUCAACGAUGUAGGUUUUUAGUGAGGAUAUAACUGUGCAUGUUGUUCGAUGUAGUAUUUAAAUGUAUCAUUUAAAUAAUCAUUUAGUAAUAUGAGAUACAUAAAGCACUGCCAAAAUUUCUUGUCAUCGGAUCAAUAGAGCCUGUUUAAAUGAAAUUUUGUAAUAUUUUUUGCUGAUAUUCUAAUUCUUGCCAUUCUAAAACCCACAGUAAAUGAUAUAUUAAAUAGAAAAUAUUUAUAUUUUUCUCAAUAAUACUUAUAGUCCUUUUGAAUAGUCCGUACCGCUUAUAAUGUAUAGAUUAAUUUCAUUUAUAAGUAAUUUCUAUGAUGAUUUAUUAUUAGUUCUCUUGUAAUAGGGCCUAUUUUAAAUAUCAGUAAUAAUUUUUUAAUCAAUUUCUGUCAUUUGCUUCUAUUCUCGUGUUAGUUUGAUUAUAGCUUUUUAGUAAACUUAAUUUUGUUUCAUUUAGUUUAACAUAUCUUAUAAACAAUGUAAAUAAUAAUGAGUUCAUUUGCUAUUACGAUGUGUACAGUCUAUAAAUAGUAGUGUUCAUUGUUCUUACAAAGGUAUGCUCAAAUCAAAGGUGUAUGAUAUUUGGAGUCGUUUCAUACAAUGUAAGUUGUAAUCAGAAAGUACAUUCAUAUACCUAUAUACCUUAGUGUUACUUAAACGAAAUUAUAUAAGUAAAUAUUAUAAUGUAAAUUAAGCUAAAUUUAACAUAACAUACAAUAUCAAACACUUUCAACAUAUUAUUGUAUGACUUAAAUGUUUUGCUUAGUAUUUUAACCUAAAAAAAAAAUAUUCCGCUUCAAAUAAAAAAUGUCACUGUCAUCUUGACAUUUUGUAUAAAAAAAUAUAUUCAGUGAUAUUGAAUACAUUAUAUUCACUAAAGUUUAGGCUCAUAAUGCCGUUGUUUAAGAAUUUGAAAUGAAUUCUGUAUGUAGUGUUUAGACUUUAUACUUUCAUAUGUAUUUUUUUUUCUAUCCCCGUAGAAUUUAAAGUUAUGCGAACUAAACAUUAGCGUAAACCUUGAAUUUGUAAUAAUAUCGUCCGGAAUCUAUUGCGUUACAUAGAAUAAGAAUUCGCAUUAAGUGGUUUGGAAAUUAUUGUAGGACGUCACGAGAAAUGUUAAUUACAUAAUGAUAUUCAAUAAUAAAUGGCAUGUGUUUGAAUGCGUCA